AUGAUCGUGUUGACUGAAGACAUAGGAAAGCUUUUUAAUGAGGUGCAGCAAGAGAUUUCACAAAAUGUCCGUCACAUGAUGGAGGAACUGUGGCUGAAUUGGUCACAUCUAGGUGUGGAUGAUGAUACUAAAGCCAACAAUAUAACUAAACUUGUUCAGAUAGAGAAGGAAUUCCAUCGUGAUGUUAUUUCAGAGACCCGACAAAAACUGAAAAUAAUGCAGGCUCAAGUUGACAAGUUAAAGGAAGAAACAGAAGAACUUAGCAGAUGCUUAUCAGUAGAUAUAUCAAUUCUUGAUUUCAAUCAAGAUAUGAUGUUAGUAGAUUAUAAAAGAGAAUUGGAAAAUCAAAUUGCAGGGUAUCGGGAACAAGUAGAGCAGCGUCGUAUGAAAAUGGAGAGGUUAUUGGAGUGGCAGCGGGACCUCGCAGAGAAACUUGGAGUAACCAUUCAGGAAUUACAAGAUAUGCCUUUGCCAUCUGAAGAGGAGUUGAAUAAGCUAAAAGAUCACCUUGAAGUGCUACAGGCAGAGAGAGAUAAGAGGGCUGAAAUAUUCUUGAACACUCAAGUUGAAAUCAAGGAUAUUAUGGAGAAACUUCAAAUCAAACCGCAAAACAAAUUUGAACAUCUAGUGGUGACAUCCCUGUCUGUUGACUUCAAAGUCACUGAUCUUAACAUGGACCGUCUUGCUAAGUUAAAGCAAGACCUGCAGGAGAAGUAUCAGCAAACUAAUAAUAGGGUUUUAGAAUUGCGUGAACGUCUAACCAAGCUCUGGGAUUGCUUAGAGGAAGAUCAUAUCUACAGAGAAAACUUUUUACAAGCUCAUCCAGGCUGCCAUCCACACACUGAGAAUGCUAUUAAGGAAGAAAUUAAGCGGUGUGAUCAGAUAAAAAGGCAAAAGAUACAGGUGUUCGUGGCAAAUGUUCGCACGAAAAUAAAGCUGAUGUGGGACAACAUAAUGUACUCAACUCAGCAACGGGAGGAGUUUAUCCACUAUUUUCAAGACAUAUUCACUGAAGACACACUCAAUCUACAUGAACUGUAUUUAGAUAAGAUAACGAAAUUUUACAAUGAACACAAGAACAUUUUUGAGUUGGUGAUGACCCGCAAGAACCUAUGGCUGAAAAUGACUGAAUUAGAAGCCCGUGCUACAGAACCAGGACGCUAUCACAACCGUGGAGGUCAACUGCUUAAAGAAGAGAAAGAAAGAAAAGCUAUUGCUAGCAAUCUUCCGAAGAUCGAGGCACAAAUACGCGAUCUAGUAACGGAAUACGAAGCAACAACUGGCAAAACAUUCACAGUUGAUGGAAAGCCUCUAUUGCAACUUAUUCAGGAUGAGUGGGAAGCCAGAAAAGCUGAGCGUCACAACAAACUGUCUGCUCGUAAGCAGGCUCUGACACCAACAACGCCGCUGUUUCGGUCAAUGGCGACAUCGCCGUUGGGAAAACGAAACCGAACUGCUGCUGGAUUAGCCGCUACAGCCGAGAAGAACAGGCCCCCAGCGAAGCGGCUGCUGAUCACGGGCAGUGCUACAAGGGCGGCUACAACACUAACUAACAACCUGUCGUCUUUUAAAAGAUCCGCCAUUUCUACUGUCAAAAGGCGUAUUAGUGGGCGUUUAGCUGCAAGGGGGGUCGAAGGCAAAGGCGAUUGCGCAAAGAGAAAGCUCGACUAUGGAGGCGAAAUGAAAAAGACACCUAAAGUUACCGUCAGUGGCAACAUUCUUAAGCAUAAGCGAACGUCUAACGGACGCCGUCGUAGCAGUCGGCGUUCGACAAACGGCACUCGCUCCACCACGGGCUCGCAGGACGACGAAAAAUUGUCGAACAAGGACCCGCUUAUGGAGACAACGCUGCUGACCAACUACACUGAUUUCAAAGAUGGUAUAAAUGAAAAGAAGAUAAGCCGAAGCUCCAUGGCGACUAAAAGUCAAGAGAACAACAUACCCACGAUCGUCUUUCAUACCCUUGAAGAACGAAUCUCGCCUUCGGACACCCCAAAAAAAACUCCGAGGAAAAAAACUCCAGCGCCUAUGACGCCUAAAAUUGGAAAGGAGAAUAUCCAACACAUCAACGUUAUGACGCCGAAAAACAACAUGAUGGUUACCCCCAAACGGCUAACACGAUCUGCCUUAAAAUUAAAUAACGAUGGUUUCGCAACACCUCGCGCCCCAUUUAGUGCUACUAAAGUAAACUUGGAUAGGCAGAACACUGUCACAUUAUCAUUAAAAACAACACCAAACAGUAUCAACAGAUCAAAGUCCCAUUCAAAUUUAGUUCGAGCGAAAAAUUUACCUCCACUUCUGUAA